AUUGCUCAUGCACAGUUUGGUUCUGCCGCAAGCGUGCGUAACUUUUUGGAUCCAAAAUUCUGGGUGCACGAGAUACGGAUCCUAAGUUUUUGCAGAAACAAUUUCAAGUGAAUAUGUCUUCAGAUAUGAUUGAGCGCGACUCACGACGAGGUGGUGCUGGUGGCAGACGAAGAAGGCCACGCGGCGGUAGCUCUACAACGGGCAUUGGAAGAAAAGACUAUGAAGUUGACACUCCACCAGCCCGGCCUACAAUCAUCCUGGCCAAGCAUGAAGACAGGGACUCGCCUGCUGUUAGCCAGACUUCUAGCAAUAGAGAUUCCACUUCAACAUCUCCUGCCCCAUCUUCCCAGCUACCAGAGAAGCCAGUGAUGGUUCUCAAGUCCAGGGAUGAGGGGUCACGAACACUGACCUCUACCUCAGCCAUUACCAACAUCCCAGCUGGAACUAUGCAAGGGGAGACACCACCCCAGACAACUUUCCUGCAGAGGACCAUUGAAAGUACCAGCAAGCUGUCCCUACCACUGGAGCUAUCCAGGUGUGUCAAGCUGAUAGAUGAUCAGAGUCAGUGGUGUGAACAGGCCAGUGAGUGCUUGUUAGAGCAAACAGAUUUCCUUGUUGUGGGGGUGGUGGGGCUGCAAGGGUCAGGCAAGUCCACUGUCCUCUCCCUGCUUGCGGGUAACACAGAGGCUGACCCACUUAGGAACUACAUUUUUCCUGCUCAAACAAGGGAGGUUAGAGAGGAGUGUGGCCACAUGACAAAUGGUAUAGACAUCCAUGUCACCUCACAAAGAGUUAUCUUCCUUGAUACACAGCCAUUGUUGAGUGCUUCAGUGCUGGACCAGCUUAUCAACAAUGACAAGAAAAUUCCCCCAGAAUUCACAACAUCAGAGAACUUUGCUGAAAUUCAGUGUCUGCAGCACGUGAUGUUCCUGCUGACAGUGUGUAACGUGAUACUCGUGGUCCAGGACUGGUUCACUGACACGGCGCUGCUAGACUUCCUCAAGACCGCGGAGAUGCUCAAACCCUCCACCCCUCCCUCCCCUGGUCAUGACGGAACAUCCACCGCUGACGAUCAGCCGGACUUCUUCCCACAUGUUGUGUUCCUUCAAAACAAGGCAAAGCGUGAGGACUUUACUGUGGAGAACUUUACUGCCAUGCAGAAGACACUGUCUACAGUACUAGGCAAUUCCAAGCUCAAAAUGAAAGGAGAUGUUGCUAUGACCACUGGUCGACAAUCUUUUAGUCUGAAUCCUGCCUUUGUAAAGUCUGAACUUAACAUGUUCCUUCUGCCACGAUUUGAUGCAAACAAAAGAGAAAGUACAGACCAGCUGCAGCCCCAGGUGCGCGAGUACCAGGGCCACCCCAGCUUCCAGACCUUGAUCAACUCCCUGAGGGGCCAGAUCCUCAGCAUGCCCAGAGAGCAGCAAACGCACACCACACUCACUGAGAAGAACUGGUUCCACUACGCUGCUCGGAUGUGGGACUCCAUCAAGAAAUCACAGAUACUGGCAGACUACAACAGACUUUUGCCUUGAAACCUGACCAAAGUGACAUUGAGAUGACAUGUGCGGCUAAGGUUACACUGCAGUUUAACUGUAUAUGCCAUAUGUGACAUUCAGAGAGGGUUUUAGAGGUGAGGUAGUCCAUAGCGGUACACAGUUGCUGAGAAAUCUGGGAGAAUUCUUCAUGUUUAUGAAUAUAAUUUUGUUUGAUUAUUAUGUCAUGUAGUAGAGGCAGCUGAUAUGUUGACAGAGGUUUUUAGAAAUUUGAUGAUCAAAAUCUGUUAAACAGUUUAAGUUAUGGUGAAUUGAAAAUUAUUUGCAUUUUUGUGUCAUAUGAGAUGUAUUCUGCUUGUUACUUAAAGGCAAGGGGUAACUGUAAGCAUUUUGUAAUGAGUCUUAACAUAAGUAAUGCUGUAUUCAAAUGCAGUAGCUCCAGACAGAAGCCAGUUUCAGUAUCACAUAGAAUGGGCCCACUCGGGGAUGUUUUCUAAGAUGCAUUUGUUGGGUAUUUUUUAUGGUUGCAACUAAAUUAUGACAAUUUAUGCAUAACAAUAUGGACACACUCUCAGUUGGUGGCACAUAUGUUUUUCCUCAAUUUCAGUUUAACAUCCUGAUCACUUGCUUUUGUUGGUUACAUUUAAAGUUUAGAUUGAAUGUUUUUAGUAUGCUUUAAUUUUGAUUGAAAAACUAGAUUCCAAAACUUAUUUCAGAAAUAUGUUUCUGUUAAAAAAAUUGUGGUGGUCUAAUGUUUAGAUUUGUUUGCUGUUCAAACUUUAGGCAUUGCUAAUAAGCCUUUUUCAAGAGUGCUCAAAAUACUGAUACUUCUGGAAAAAAGCGUCAACAAUCUUGUCUGAAUGUUUUGGAGGGAUGACCUUGAACUCACAGUCUUGGUCUGUGUACUGGCAUACCAGUCUGAGAAGUAUAGCACAUUCUAGCCUCACAGUCUUGGUCUGUGUACCGUCAUACCAGUCUGAUAAGUAUAGCACAUUUUAGUCUCACAAUCUUGGUCUGUGUACCGGCAUACCAGUAUGAGAAGUAUAGCACAUUUUAGUCUCACAGUCUUGGUCUGUGUACCGGCAUACCAGUCUGAGAAGUAUAGCACAUUUUAGUCUCACAAUCUUGGUCUGUGUACCGUCAUACCAGUCUGAGAAGUAUAGCACAUUUUAGCCUCACAGUCUUGGUCUGUGUACCGGCAUACCAGUCUGAGAAGUAUAGCACAUUUUAGUCUCACAGUGUUGGUCUGUGUACCGGCAUACCAGUCUGAGAAGUAUAGCACAUUUUAGCCUCCUGGAUAGACUGGGCUGAGAUGCCAUUAGUUUAGUUGUGAAAUAAAUGGGCUUUGCUCUGUGAAAUAGGUGUUUCAUGCAUGUGCAUAAAGUUUCGUCCCAGAUUAGCCUGUGUGGAAUCCACAGGCUAAUCUUAGAAAACACUUCAUGCACAUGCAUUAAACCCCCUUUUCACAGAGUGUGGCUCUAAUGUAUUUACUGAAGUUUUGCUCAGUAAGAAAUAAUAUACUGUAAUAAGUAGAAAAAAACAAAGUCUAUAAUACUUAAAUUGUAUUGUCCUUGUAACGCAGUGAAUUCAGUUCAAAUGAUACCAUAUGUGAAUUUCACAUUCAAACAAGAGGUAAUGUCAACCAAAAAGAUUUCUGAUUUGAAACAGUUUAUUGGCAAAAAUGUGUGAAGUAUCACCUUGUUUCUCAAAGCUUGUCUUUAGUCACAUUAGCCAACUUAGACAUUCCUAAGAGCGUUCUGGAUGUUGUAGCUUGUUGUCAUCUUUUUGCCUGGAGGUUGCACAAAUGUGAAGGGCGUACCCUUGUACAACUGUUGUAUGAUCGGUUUUAUGUCAGCAUUUCUUUCUCUGAUCGAGCCCACAAAACCAAUCAAUUGAAUCUUCUUUACUCUGUGAAUCUGGUUUCUUGAGAUGCAGUCUAGCAUAACCCGGUUAAUAAAUGGACAAAUGUACAAUGAUUUGUUCAACUUUAA